AUGACUAGGUCCUUCACGGUGAGGACAAGGUUCCUCACGCUGAGGACAAGGUUCCUGACGCUGAGGACAAGGUUCCUCACGCUGAGGAGAAGGUUCUUCACGCUGAGGACAAGGUUCCUCACGCUGAGAACAACGUUCGUCACGCUCAGGACAAGGUUCCUCAGACUGAGGACAAGGUUCUUCACGCUGAGGACAAGGUUCCUCACGCUGAGGACAAGGUUCUUCACGCUGAGGACAAGGUUCUUCACGCUGAGAACAAGAUUCCUCACGCUGAGGACAAGGUUCCUCACGCUGAGGACAAGGUUCCUCACGCUGAGAACAACGUUCCUCACGCUCAGGACAAAGUUCCUCGGGCUGAGGACAAGGUUCUUCACGUUGAGGACAAGGUUGCUCACGCUGAGGACAAG